CCUGUGACGCCCGGUGCUUUUCGUGGCAGGGAGUGGGAGGAGGAGAACCAGCGGUGGGUGCAGGAGGUGUCCAGCGCGCCCAGCACCCGCCUGGACGUCGUCCGCCUGCAGGAGCAGCUGGACCUGCGGCUGCAGCAGAGGCAGGCACGGGAGACCGGCAUCUGCCCCGUGCGCAGGGAGCUCUACUCGCAGUGCUUCGAUGAAUUGAUCCGUGAAACUACAAUUAACUGUGCAGAGCGAGGACUGUUGCUGCUUCGAGUCAGGGAUGAAAUCCAAAUGACAAUUGCUGCUUAUCAGACGUUGUACGAGAGCAGUGUUGCGUUUGGCAUGCGGAAGGCACUACAAGCUGAGCAAGACAAAUCUGACAUGGAAAAAAGAAUUGCAGAGCUAGAAGAGGAAAAGCGGGAGUUGGAAAGGCAAGUGAGUGAACAGAAAGAUAAAUGUGAAGCUAUUGAAAUACGUGAAAAUGAAAGGCGACAGAUAGAAGAGAAGAAACACACUGAGGAGGUUCAGUUCCUGAAACGAAUGAAUCAACAGCUGAAGGCCCAACUUGAAAACAUCAUUGCACCAAAUAAGUAGAUUUUUUUGUUGUCCUCCAGGCAGUGCUCAGUAGAGCUGUCAGAGCAAGAAGCUUGCAAUUAGUGACAAAGAUUUGUCUUUGUAAAACAACGCUGAAUUUUCACUUACCGGUAACUGAAGGCAGUGUAAUUGUAUUAUUUCUUUCUUUUUCUCCUGAAGAGUUGAAAUUCAAGAGCUUCAUUGAUUACUGCACCUUCUUUCAAUGCUGUCUCAGCAUUCAGCUCCUUAAAUAGUGAACCUGUCUGGGACUUGCCUGUUGGUAAUAUGCUAGAUGACCUUCAAAAGCA